CAGAUUCAGUCUGGCUCACUGCGGUCCGCUGAGCCUGGAGGUUUCUAGAAAAGCAGGAAAAAUCCGUCCUCUCUUUCCUGCCACGUCUGAGCCUCCGGUUCGGUCCCACUUCUCACUUCCUCCGGAGGCUCAGGUGGAAAGAAAGAAGAGCUGCGGGGAGAGACGAGUGAAUUAAUUAACGACCCGCCAUGCUGUUCAGACUCGCCGUUUGCCUCCUGGUUUCUCUGCUUGUCCUCCUGGUGCAGAGCAGCACCACUAAAUCAUCAAAGAGCCCCGCCGCCUCAGUAAGCCCCUCUCUUCGUCCUCUUGUGAAUGACCCGAGCUGGCCUCUGGGUGUGCGCCUCUACCAGGCCCUGCGCUCUGACCCCGGCUCUGUAAACACGCUCUUCUCCCCUCUCCUCUUGGCGUCCUCGCUUGAGGCGCUGUCUGAAGGCUCGGCGGGUAAAACUGCCGAGCAGAUUCGAGAACUUCUCAAGCCUCCGUCUGGGACCAAAGAGGCGGUUGGGGAACUUCUCUCCAUGGCGUUGGAGAGCUUCGUUAAAGCUAACGGGACUAGCUUCCAGAUCCACGCAUCCUCUGGUGUGUUCACCAAGCAGGCUCCUGCCAUCAGUCAGGCUUUCGCGAAGGAGAUCCAGAGCCGGUUCAGGCUGCAGCACCGGACGAUGGGGAAGGGGGACGCCAAGGCUGACCUGAAGCAGCUGCGUGAGUGGGCUGAGGCUGCGCUCAGUGGGAAGGAAAUGGCUCUUCUGGAGGCAGAAAUCAAGGCUAAAGCUGGAGCCAUGAUCCUGACAAAUGCUCUUCAUUUGAAAGGGUUGUGGCAGAGGGAGCUGAGCGAGGAGAGCACCGAUCGCCGCACCUUCUUGGGGAAGAAAUACACCAAAGUGAUUAUGAUGCACAGAGCAGGUCGGUAUCGCUUCCAUGAAGAUGUUGACAACAUGGUGCAGGUUCUGGAGGCGCCGCUGUGGGGAGACAAGGCCAGCCUUGUGCUCCUGCUGCCCUUUCAUGUGGAAAAUCUGGCCAGGCUGGACAAGCUGCUGACCCCAGAGCUGCUGUCAAAGUGGCUGGAGAGAACCGCCGUUACCGGUGUGGCCCUUUCUCUGCCCAAGGCAAACAUCACCAGCUCACUCAGUCUGCAGAAACAGCUGUCUUCUCUGGGUUUGAGUGACGCCUGGGACCAGAAGGCAGCCGACUUCUCCGGGAUGUCCGACAAGAGCAAAGGGAAGCUUCACCUCGGUGGCGCCCUCCACUGGGCUUCCUUAGAGCUCGAUCCCGCAGCUGGUGAACAGGACGUUGAUCUAGAGGAGGAGAACAUAGAGCGACCCAAGCUGUUCUACGCCGACCAUCCGUUCAUCAUCUGUGUUAGAGAUAACACCACUGGAGCCCUGCUGCUGAUGGGCGCUUUGGACAACGUCGAGGGAGACCUCCUACAUGAUGAAUUGUAGCAUCUCUUUCUACUUCCUGUCUUUUUUCGUUUCUUCCACCGGUCCCUCUCUGAGACAGCUUGCUGGUUUCUGAGUGCAGACAUUGUCAUUCACUGUGGCACUCUUUCACAUCACACUGUCAUACGCUGACACCGCCAUAGUCUUUUGGCUGACUGGCACCGACACUGCCAUAUCCGACAUUUACACUGUCACACACUCAGAGCUACACCUACACUGCAUGUAUAAAUGAUAACUCUGUACAAGACAUUGCUGAAGUUGACGGAUACAGGAUAAGCCUCCAACUCAAGAGAAAAUCGAUGGCAUCUCUUUUUCUCCCAAAAUCUGCCCCCACGCAGAAACCUUCAGAGACUGAUCAAGUCAACAGACACGACAAACAAGACCACUGUAGCAAAGAGCCGCCAUGCUGACAUACAGAGGAGUGCUUAAAGAGACACAGCAUUCAAACAGAAGCCCUCUUUCUCCAAAAAACACCAGGACAGGAUCAGGAGUGACACCGCAGUUGCUCUGGGUUGCCAGAUACCCGGGACAGCGUCCUCUGAGGGUCAACAGGGGAAGAUUGAUGGUCCACCCAAGUGCUUAUUGAUGAGCCAGAUAAUGCUAAUGACCGUAAUGCGUUACAGAGUGUGUCAACAACAUGGAAAGCAUGGGCGAAACCUUUUAAUCUCUUAAAUCCAUCGCUGAUCCAUGAUGCUAUUUUACCACUUGAAUCGAACUUGAGUGACAUUGCUUGGCCUAAAUGUGACAAAUUCAUGUUAAUUGAUUUCAAGAGGUCAAUGAGUUAUUGACGGAUGCAAUUUUUUAAAAUAAAUAACCUAAAAUCAAUAAUAAUGUGGUGAUUUUAGUAUUUUGCUUUAGGUCUUCAUGGUUGUUUCACUUUGUACUCAGAAGUGGGAAUUUCUUGUUGCAAAUUGGAAAAAAUAAAUAGAACAGCUUCUGAAAGUUGGAAUUCAGAUAUGAAAAGUCGAUCAACCCUAAAGUAGCUGCGGAGUUGUUCAGUUGUGUAGAAGUGAACACAACAGAAGAGGUCCAAUCGGACUCUAGAGUGGUUUGUUCCUUGAUGCAACGCAGCUAGUAUGGCUCAAAGCUAGCAAGCCUUCCUGUAGCCAGAUUUGAGUUGCAUUGUGGGAUGCCGUACAGUAAAUAUAUUCUCAAAAUGGUUUGGUGUACCACUCAGAUGCUGUGGAAAAACAUACAAAUUAAUAAAUGCAAAUGAAUGACUAAAUUCUGCGCAUUUCCAUCUAACUCAGAACACAGCAUCCACUUCCUGUAUUUACAUUCUGCUUCCCCACCAUCUGACCAAUAAAUAGACUAAAUUUUGGUUCACUUGAAGUUUUAUUUAUGUGAAAAGAACUGGAAAAGUUACAAGAGAAUGUGGCUCUUAAAAUGGCCCAAAGGUCAACACUAUGUUUGUUGGUAUGACAAUGUUGUUCUGAAAUGCUGUUAGUUACUCCAGAUGUAACAGGAUACAGACCUUUUGUCUUGUAGUUCUAAGCAACAUUUUACAGAAUCAUCAAGAUGUUUUAUUUUUGUUUCCUUUGGCAAACCUGAAACUAACCUUUGUUUUCUUUUGGCCUUGAACUCUUCCACUGUUGUGAGUUUUGCUCAGUCUCUCAUUUUAUUCUUAAACCAUGAGCACUGACUCUAUUUAAAGCCAGAAAACCUGCUGUGCUUUACUUGUCGUUCUUGAUCUUUUGUUGCCUCCUGGACGAGGUCACUUUGAUUGGCCAGCUAUUCCUGGGAAGGUUCAUGACUCUUCCAUGUUUUCUCUAUUUGUGGGUAAUGACUCUCACUGCAGAUUGAAAUGUGUUGAGUCUGCCUCAUGUUCUCAGACAGGUUCUAUUAAAGUGCUGCCUUGA